AUGCCAGCAUUCAAACAAGUGGAUGUUUUCACUUCAAAGCCGUUCAAAGGCAAUCCGGUAGCUGUUAUUAUGAAUGCAAAUGGCUUAAGUACUGAACAGAUGCAAACGAUAGCAAAUUGGACAAACCUUUCUGAGACAACAUUUGUGCUUCCAGCUACAACCAACAAGGCUGAUUAUCGCGUACGCAUAUUCACACCGCAGAGUGAAUUGCCAUUUGCAGGCCAUCCAACCAUUGGUACGGCUCAUGCUUUGCUUGAAGCAGGAUUGAUCUCUACUAAAAGCGGGGUAGUUGUUCAAGAAUGUGGAGCAGGAUUAGUCAAUUUAACUAUUGUGCCAGACGGGUCUAUCUCUUUUGAGUUACCAAAUCCCACGAUUAAACCGCUCGACGAUACUCAAAUUGAUUUACUUGAGAGCACUUUAGGAUGUGCGAUUGAUAGAAACUUAAGACCUGCUCUUGUUGAUGUAGGUCCCCGUUGGAUUGUGGCACAUAUCGCUACUGCUGAAGCAGUAUUGUCUGCACAACCAUCAUUACCUCAAUUGGCAAAGCAUAACAAGCAACUAGAGGCUACAGGGGUAACCAUUUACGGAGAGUGGUCAGAUGAUCACAUUGAAGUUCGUUCGUUUGUGCCAGCCUGCGGUGUAGAUGAAGACCCAGUUUGUGGUAGUGGAAAUGGCGCUGUUGCAGCAUUUAUCAGAUCAUAUAUGGGCCAGGACAAGGUAUUGAAGUCUUCUCAGGGGAAAAUUGUUAGUCGUGAGGGUGCUCUUAAGUUGACUAUAUCCGAUGAAAAGAUUUUGGUAGGUGGAAACGCCAUCACUUGCAUUGAAGGGACUAUAAACACCAAUUAG